GGAUGCUAUACACAUGUGUUCACAUUUAUUAAUUAAUAUGAAUUUAAAUUAAAAUAAUUGUUACUAACUAUUAUAAUUACAGUAAGAUCCACUAUUUUUUUUAUAUGAGUCGUACAGACCUUCCUUUUUUUAAUUCCGACUUUCUUAAUUCAACAUCGGCAGAUCGGAUCCUCUCGCUCUUCCCUACCGACAGUGGAAGAAAAAAUUGAAAAAGAAAGAUCCAAACAUCGAUGUUACGGCUUGCAAUAAACGGAUUAGUGUUCUCAGUCUCGUCUAAUGGUUCACUCUUCUCCACGAUGAAAUCGUUGCCGAGCGCAGCCCGAUUGCUCCUCUCCGCUUGGACCUCUCAGAUCCCACCGACUUCGCUUGCCAGGCGUACUUUCAGAGCAUUUGCCUGCCGGACAGUGUGGAUGAAGAGUACGUGGCCAGCCAGACGCGGGCUGCUCUCCUCCGUUCGGAAUGGAGGAUCCUCAACCACCUGAUGUGCACUUCUUACACACCCAGCCAGGGCUCGUCCAACCGGGUCACACUCCGGACUCUUUGGUUGUUGCAUGCGAUGGGUCGUUCUGAGGAUACCAUCCAGCUGGGCUCUGUGCUUGCCCGGACGUUCACUAAGGCAGCCAUCAGCACGACUCGCAGCCUCGUUUGUGGCCCGGUGAUCACCGCCUUUGCCCGCAACUACGGGGUGGACUACACAGGGAUGACAUUGGUCCGCGGACCAACCCCACUCGGCGAGCCUACUCUCCGCCACCAGCACUUGGUUGCUCGCCACGGGCGUGUGCGCUGGAUCGUGGGCCUUCCUCAGCCACCUAUACCUGCAGAAGGCGACCAGGCCGAGUCGAGCGCCGCUGGUGGGCGCCGCGUUCCCCUUCGUGCCCAGGCUCCCGCGAGCCCCUCUCCUGCUCCCCGGUCUCCUUCUCCAGGGUCACCUCCUCCAGUGGUGGUGCCCAUCUCCGACCAGCUGGAGGCGAUCUCGCAGCAGAAUGAGCGCAUCCUGGCCGGCUAGGAGCGCAUCCACACCCGCCUUGAUCGUGAGCGGGACCGAGGGCGUCGUCUCAUGUCGGGGCAGCACUACAUCAUGUCCUACUUGGGCUUGGACCCGAACGCGGUCCACUACCCGUUCGUGCAGUCCCCAGGGUUCGAGGAUGAGUACCCUCCACCCACCGGCGAUGGUGGUGAUACCUUCUAGAGCGGGUUUUGUGCUUCCUUUGUUUUCCAGACUGAGACUCCGUGUUUUGUGGUAUUGUUUUUUUUAUCUUGGAUUGUAGACUUGGUACUCUGAUUCCUAUCACCCAGUGUGUGUGUUUUUGUUGUCUCUAGCUCUGUGCCUCCUUCUUUUGACUGGUCCGCCAUCCAGUCAACGUUCCUGACCACUGUUUCACGGUAACAUCGUUCCCCUUCUCUCUGCUCCAUUGAGGACAUUGUCGCGUUUAAGUGUGGGGGGGUUCUUUGUAUGAAUUGGAACGUAUUUAUGUGUGCUUGGAGCCUAGUCCACUGUCCAAAUCUUGAGAUUUGAGGGCUCCAAGCACGGCUGUUUGCUUGAUGAUUGAUCGUAUUGGCACUGUGGAUGUGAUUAGUGAAUUGAAUGGCUUUUGACUUGAUACAUGACAACUUGAGUGUGACUUAGACAACUUAUUGUGAUGACUGAGAUGUGCACUAGAAUUGUGUAGGGGUUCAGUUUUUCAACUGUCUGCUCACCAAAUGUGACUUGGUUUGAUCACUUGCUUUUGACAGCCAUUUAUGCAUCUAGUUCAGGGAAUCAGAAUGAGAGAUAGAGCAUAUAGGUAGCCAUGUGAGAUUUGAGCAUGCUCGUUUCUUUCUUGUGCGAUAGUUCCCUCUUCCAUGAUGUGCAGCAUUCACGUUGUCAUUAGCUAAGAUGAUGGAGGCAUAGGAUUAGCCCACAACCAAAUUGACUGUCCUGGUGUGUCAUACCCCUAGUCAGCCCCUUUGAGCCGUGUGUUUUCUUUCUUUCGGUCUUCAAUGAAAAGUCACCCUUUUGCAUCUUUUAGAAGGUUCCACAGAGUGAUUUUUACAUGUUCCCUGCUGUUUCUGCUAAAUGUAAUGUGAGGGUUGGAGGUAGUGCUUAAAAGUUGGGCAGGUGUUUGAAAUGUGCAGAGGCGGUGGUUCUCUUAUGAAAUGAAAAACAUAAUGAGAA